AAUACGCAGGUUUAAAUAAACAAAUAUUUUGCAGGGAUGGACGCAGCCGGAAAAGCCGGAGGAAUAGUAGAAGCUGCAAUUUCGUAUACAGGCGACGUCAGCGACCCGACGAAAAAGAAAUACGACUUGAAAUACUAUACGAACUUGGCUGAUGAAUUAGUAAAAGCCGGCACCCACGUUCUCUCUAUAAAAGACAUGGCGGGUCUUCUGAAGCCGAAGGCAGCUCGAAUGCUGAUCGACGCUAUAAGACAGAAGCACCCAGACGUUCCUAUUCACGUUCAUACUCACGAUACAGCUGGAGCUGGAGUUGCCUCUAUGCUGGCUUGUGCCGAGAGCGGUGCUGAUGUCGUGGACGUGGCUGUGGACAGUAUGUCAGGGAUGACCAGUCAACCCUCUAUGGGAGCCGUCGUUGCUUCCUUAAUUGGUAAGAAUCAAUCUCAUCACAUUAAAUAAUUAUAAAUGUUAUCACAUUACAUUAU